GAUGCAAAAGUUAAAUGAAUAUCAAGAAUACCAUUUACCUGAACAAUUUGAUGAAGAUUAAGUGAGGGGAAGAUUUCUAAUGCCAUCAUUUUUGCCUUAUAGUUUAUCAAAACAAGAUGUUAAACUUGAAGACAGAUCCAUGGUUUAGAUUGAUUCCUAGGCAUCAAUUAAAGAUGAUGCUCUUGGAUUACAGAACAUUAAGGGACAUGUGAAGAAUGCUUAUAUCAAAAAAAUACAUUCUCUACUUAGUGUUGAGGGGGAGAAUGAAAAGAUUGUCAAAAAAAUAUAAAAGGAGCCAAGUUCAUCUAGUAAAUAGUUAGAGAAUGAAGAUCAAAAGAUGAUAAGAAAUAGAGAAAGUGCAAGAAAUUCCAGAUAAAGAAAAAAGUUAUAUAUAAACCUAUUAGAAAAGAAGGUUGAAGACUUAAAUUAGGCAAUCGAACAACUAAGAAAAUCAACAGAAUCAACUUUUCAGAGUAUUCAUUCUGUUUUAGAACAAAAUUCUAGUAUCUACGAUAUGAUUGUUGAAUAGACUUAAUUGUUUGAGUAACUCAAGAUAAAGGAAUAAGAAUUUAAUGAAUUGUAAUAACUGCUUACAGAAUCAUACAAACUCAAGUUUAAUGCUACAGGAACUAAGCGUAAAUAAUAUAUUAGAUAUUGUUUCUAAAAUAUUGCAAGACUCCUUUUAGAUGGAAACUAUGGUACAUUAUUAUUUGGGUAAAGCUAUUUCUCAAAAACAUGUAAUCGUUUCUAAUAUAACUAAUUAUAGAUACCAUACAUGAUGAAGAAGAAUUAACAGAUUAUAUGAAAAAUCUUAGAGAUGCUACAGGAAUCUGUGAUGAUAAAGUGUUUUUAAAUUUAUAUGCCAUUGUCAGAAGAGUCAUUGAUCAUAAGAAAAAUUUCUCUUUGUAUUCAGUAUUUAUUAACUUAGUCUCAUUAAAUAAAUUAAACUAAAACAAAAAGAACUAAGAAUCUGUUAGUAAUAAAUUGAUGAUCAAAUCGAUGAUAUCUAAUUGAAUGGAAAUUAAUUUGCUAAUCUUAUUCAUUAAGUAAAUAAAGAUCAAUCAAAUUAAACUCAACCCCUUGAAAUUCCUCAAUAAAAAUAAAUGAUAUUAAAGAUGGUACCCAAAUAUCCCUUUGAACUUAUGAACAAUCCAUUUUUACUCCCAAAUAGUUUAAUGAUUGAUCCACUAUAAAUAGACCUUCUUGCAAAAAAUUUAAGAUAGCCUUGA